AUGGCGUCCUCCCUCACGCCGCGCAGCCCACACCAGAAGAAGGAGAACCUGGGGAGCCUGCGGCGCGGGAUGGGGUACAACGCGCCGCCGCGCCGCAACGUCCUCUCGGCAAUCAACAACGGCGGCGGGGCGAACAGCGAGCCGGCGCCGUCGGAGGCCGGGUCCGAGGCGCCCGCCUUCGAGUUCAGCGGGAGGGAGGAUGUCGACCGCCUGCUCAACGAGAAGAUGAAGGGCAAAUCCAAGAACGACUACAAGGGGCGGACGGAGCAGAUGAGCGAGUACAUCAAGCGGCUGAGGGCCUGCAUCCGGUGGCUGGUGGAGCUGGAAGACGGCUACUUGGCCGAGCAGGAGAAGCUUCGGGGGCAGAUAGAUUCAGACAAUGCUCGUCACGCAGAGUUUGAGGCUCAGCUCAGUGGUGCGCUUGAAGAGUUGAAAGCGGCAAACUUGGAAAUGACAACACGGUGUGACUCACUGGAGGAGAGCUUGAACAAGGAGAAGGCCGCCAGGCUGCUUGCUGUGGAGUCCUAUGAGAAGGAAAGAGAAGAAAGGGAAUCAGCCGAGGCUUCACGGGAUGUACUGACGGUCGAUCUUGAAAGGGUCACUCAUGAGGCUAAACGGUUUAGUGAGCAGCUAAAAAUGGUCCAAGACACCAACAAAAGACUUCAGGAAUACAACUCCAGCUUGCAGCAAUACAACAGUAAUCUUCAAGCUGAUACAUCAAAGAAUGGAGAAAUCAUCUCCAAGCUGCAAAGGGAGAAGAGUGCAAUGAUGGAAGCCAUGACUAAUCUGAAAGAUCUUAACAACUCAAUGAAGAACCAGUUGGAUUCUUCCAUGUCCUCCCAGAAAGAAGCAAUUAGAGUGAAAGAAGAACUUAGAAAAGAAGUAGAGUGCCUCAGAGCUGAUUUACAGCAAGUUAGAGAAGACCGUGAUCAGUCUGUUGCUCAACUGAAUACCUUGACCGCUGAACUGGCCACUUACAGCGAACAGGCUAGAAAGUCUUCGAAAGACUCUGAACUUUUGAGAAUAAAAGCGGCAGCCUUUGAGGAAACGUGCAGUUCACAGCAAGAACAAAUUGAAACAUUGCAGAAGCAGCUUGCAGUUGCAACAGAGAAGCUGAAGCAUGCUGAUGUGACUGCAAUUGAGGCGAUGACAGGAUAUGAAACACAGAAAGAGACAAUUAAAGAUCUGGAAGAGCGCUUGGCAUAUGCAGAGUUUCAAAUCAUUGAAGCUGAUAAGCUACGAAAGAAGCUGCAUAACACCAUCUUGGAACUAAAAGGCAAUAUCAGAGUAUUUUGUAGGGUUCGGCCCUUUCUGUCGGACUCUGAUUCUAAUGGUCAGGAAGAAGCCAUUAUUUCUUAUCCAUCAUCCGUGGAAAAUGCUGGGCGUGGUAUUGAUUUGUUGAAUCAAGGUCAGAAAUGUUCUUUUUCAUAUGACAAGGUUUUCGAUCACAGCGCUUCGCAAGAUGAUGUGUUUGUGGAAAUGUCACAGCUAGUUCAAAGUGCGCUUGAUGGAUACAAGGUAUGCAUAUUUGCAUAUGGUCAAACAGGCUCAGGUAAAACUUAUACAAUGAUGGGUAAGCCAGGCCGUGAUCAGAAAGGUAUCAUACCUCGAUCUUUGGAGCAAAUUUUCAAGACCAGUCAGUCGCUAGAAUCUCAAGGAUGGAAGUAUUGUAUGCAGGCAUCAAUGUUGGAAAUAUACAAUGAGACAAUUCGUGACUUGUUAGCACCUGGCCGCUCCAGUAGUGAGAUGGCUGGCGGUAAACAAUACACAAUAAAGCAUGAUUCCCAGGGAAACACAACAGUCUCCGAUCUUACAACUACUAAUGUGUUCAGCACUGCUGAUGUGACAUCUCUUCUAGAGAAAGCAUCCCAUAGCAGGUCUGUAGGUAAGACCCAAAUGAAUGAGCAAUCUUCCCGCAGCCAUUUUGUCUUCACACUGAAGAUAUUUGGAUCAAAUGAGAGCACAGGCCAACAAGUACAAGGUGUGCUGAACUUGAUUGAUUUGGCCGGGAGUGAGCGGCUUACUAAAAGUGGCGCAACAGGCGAUCGCUUGAAGGAAACUCAGGCCAUCAACAAGAGCCUGUCAGCUCUCAGCGAUGUUAUCUUUGCGAUUGCCAAAAAUGAUGACCAUGUACCCUUCAGGAACUCGAAGCUUACAUACCUCUUGCAGCCUUGCCUUGGCGGGGACUCGAAGACGCUCAUGUUCGUCAACGUCUCGCCCGAGGCGUCCUCGGCCGGGGAGACUCUCUGUUCCCUGCGGUUCGCGUCGAGGGUGAAUGCGUGCGAGAUUGGGGUGGCGAGACGGCAGACACAGUCCAAGUCCUCCUCAGAUAACAGUAACAGGUUGAGUUACGGGUGA